CUCGAGAUGCGCAUGCGGUACUACCACGAGAAGAAGGUGCCGCAGCUGCGGUGGAUGCUGCACCAGGCGCGCGCGCUGCUGGGGGGCAGACAGACUGCCGCCGUCCCUUCUUCCGACGCCGAGCCGCUGGUCAUCGACCUCGGCUGCGGCAAGGGCGACUUCGCGCUGCUGCUCGCGGCGGCGAUGCCGCAGCUGUGCGUGCUCGGCAUCGACGCCAACGCCGACGCCGUCACGUACGCCUCCGAGCGCGCCCUCGCCGCCGGCCUGACCAACACGUGCUUCCGCGUCGCCGACGCCGCGUCGCUCGAGGCAGCGCCGCCCGCCGCCAGCGCGGCGCCGCCCGCCGCUAGCGCGGCGCCGCCCGCCGCCAGCGCGGCGGCGGCGCUGCCCUCCGAGCACGACGGCGGCGCGGUCGCCUCGCUGCGGGAGUGGCACGCUGCUCAGGCGCCGAGCUGGUCGUCGCGUUGCACGCGUGCGGCGGCCUCUCGGACGUCGCGCUCGGCCUCGCCGCCAAGUGCGGCGCCUCGUGCCUGGUCUGCACCUGCUGCUUCGGCAAGCACCGCCGCCUUUGCGCGGCGCGGGAGUGGGGCUUGCCGUGCGAGGAGGAGGAGAAGGACGUCCUCUGCCGGAUGGCGGACUGCGUGGAGGACUCGAUCUCCGACGAGGCGAGGCGCGUGAUCAGCAGCUUGAGGCUCGAGCGACUGCGCCGCACGCUGCGCCCAUCGAGCACGCUCGUGCGCGCAAGCAUCCGCACCUUCCCACGCAACUUCUCGCGGCAGAAUGUUGUCCUCGGCGCCGAGUGCGCGCCGUGCGCUCCUGUGUUCUGAAGAGUGAAGAAAUGCAGACCGCGAGAUGUGAAUUCGGCUCUAAUUGGGGCAAAGCGCAAACGUUCGCACGCCGCGUGCCUAGCGGCAACUUCUCGAGAGGUGGUACGA